CCACCUUUUGCUUUCUCGUCGACGUGCACAACCGUGUGGAAGAUGCCCGACCAAGAACGUGACAUCGUUAUGGGGACCCCCGAUAAGCCGUUAGAUAAUAGGCCUAGUCAUCCACGGGUUUCAUCGUCAGUUAAGAAGAAAGACUGGCUCGCGCAAAUUAUUGCUCUCGCCGAAGACCGUGCCAACAAAGCUAUUAUCCGACGGGACACCACUGGCCGCAUAGUCGUUCUCGACCAGGAUGGGUUGGACGAGCUUUUCAAAUCAGAGCAUGCAACCUCUUUAGAACGCGUCGAAGAUGAAUUACAGGCGCUCGGUGCUAAAAAGAAAUCCCGCGAGUACAAAGGCAUCCGUAGACUCCUCGUAACUUGGACACAUACUCUAUUCAUGGCGCAGCCUUCCAAAAGCGGGACAUAUCCGAAUAAACAUCCUCAGGCAGACACUUCUCCGAAUCUUGUCAUCCCACGUGCCAGUGAUAUCCCCGCCCCAGAACGCAAACAACACCGGCCCAAACGAAGAUCUGUGGCACCCCUGACUGAAUGGGACGAAGCUGAGCUCAACCGUGAAGAGUCGGAAGAUGAUUCCGGCUCCGGAUUAGACGAGGACUAUGUUCCGGUAGUCCUUAGUUCGUUUUCUAAUCAGCCCUCCACCAGCAAACGCACACGUCGGUCAAUGGUAGCGCAGCAAUCCAAAGAAGAAACGCCAAUUAAUCAGCACCCCGCCCCACCACCACCUACAGCCUCUAAAAUACAAAUUACGCCUCUAAUUCCAGCAAAUCCUCCCGAAGUUCCCGACGGAGUACCAAGAAAAUGUUCAUUCUGUAACGCCGACACGACACCUGACUGGGUCUACUAUAAGACCACGAUAUACUGUCUUAAUUGUGGUCUAAGGGCAUUGGCUCAUGGAGCAGAGCAACUUCCUCAAUGCAUGGCUGGCUUGAUUCAAAAUGUUUAA